UCCCAGAUCUUUCGUGUCCAAGUGCGCCAAGUGGAAGACUACCCCGUGGACAUCUACUACCUGAUGGACUUGUCCAACUCCAUGAAGGACGACCUGAGGAACAUCCAGAACCUGGGCACCAAGCUGGCCAGCGAGAUGCGCAAGCUCACCAGCAACCUACGCAUCGGCUUUGGGGCCUUUGUGGACAAGCCCAUUUCCCCCUACAUGUAUAUCUCUCCCCCGCAAGCCAUCACGAACCCUUGCUAUGAGAUUGGGGAAACCUGCCUGCCCAUGUUUGGCUACAAACACGUCCUGUCGCUCACGGAUGAGGUGACCCGCUUCAACGAGGAGGUGCGGAAGCAGAGUGUCUCACGGAAUCGCGAUGCACCUGAGGGCGGCUUCGAUGCCAUCAUCCAGGCCACCGUGUGCGACGAGAAAAUCGGCUGGAGGAAUGACGCUUCCCACCUACUUGUGUUCACCACGGAUGCCAAGACCCACAUCGCACUGGACGGCAGGCUGGCUGGCAUCGUGCAGCCCAAUGAUGCCCAGUGCCACAUUGACAAGGAUAAUUUCUACUCUGCCUCCACUACGCUGGACUAUCCCUCUCUGGGCCUGAUGACUGAGAAACUCUCACAGAAAAACAUUAACUUGAUCUUUGCUGUGACGGAUACGGUUGUUGGUCUCUACCAGAACUACAGUGAGUUGAUCCCAGGCACAACCGUGGGCACCUUGUCCAGAGACUCCAGUAAUGUCCUACAGCUCAUAGUGGACUCCUACGGGAAAAUCCGCUCCAAGGUGGAGCUGGAGGUGCGCGACCUCCCCGAAGAGCUGUCCCUGGCCUUCAACGCCACGUGCCUCAACGACGAGGUCAUCCCUGGGCUCAAGUCUUGCAUGGGGCUCAAAAUCGGGGACACGGUCAGCUUCAGCAUCGAGGCCAAGGUGCGGGGGUGCCCGCGGGAGCGGCAGAAAUCCUUCACCAUCAAACCCGUGGGCUUCAAGGACAGCCUGACGGUGGUGGUGAACUUCGACUGCGACUGCUCCUGCGAGAGCCGGGCCGAGGCCAACAGCUCGUCCUGCAGCCAGGGCAACGGCACGCUGGAGUGCGGCGUGUGCCGCUGCAACCCCGGGCGCCUGGGCUCGCACUGCGAGUGCUCGGAGGAGGAGUACAACCCCUCGCAGCAGGACAACUGCAGCCCCCGGCCAGGCCAGCCCGACUUCGGGAAGGUGACGGGCAAGUACUGCGAGUGCGACGACUUCUCCUGCGUCCGCUUCAAGGGCCAGAUGUGCUCGGGCCAUGGGCAGUGCAGCUGCGGGGAUUGUCUGUGCGACUCGGACUGGACCGGCGACUACUGCAACUGCACCACCCGCACCGACACGUGCAUGUCCAGCAACGGGCUGGUGUGCAGCGGCCACGGCUCCUGCGUGUGUGGCAAGUGCGACUGCACCCAGCCCGGCUCCUACGGUGACACGUGCGAGAAGUGUCCCACGUGCCCGGAUGCCUGCACCAUCAAAAAGGACUGUGUGGAGUGCAAGAAGUUUGAGCGAGGACCGCUGGUGGAGCAGCAGUCCUGCAGCCGCAUGUGCCGUGAUGAGAUCGAGACGGUGCAGGAAUUGGGUGACAGGGGCAAGGACGCCGUGAACUGCACCUACAAGGAUGAGGACGACUGCGUGGUGCGGUUCCAGUACUACGAGGACUCCAGCGGCAAGUCCAUCCUCUACGUUAUCGAGGAGCCAGACUGCCCGAAGGGGCCGGACAUCCUAGUGGUCCUGCUCUCAGUGACGGGCGCCAUCCUGCUCAUCGGCCUCGCCGCCCUGCUCAUCUGGAAGCUCCUCAUCACCAUCCAUGACCGACGGGAGUUUGCUCGCUUCGAGGAGGAGAAGGCUAGGGCCAAGUGGGACACGGGCCACAACCCUUUAUAUAAAGAGGCUACGUCUACCUUCACCAACAUCACAUACCGCGGGAACAUGUAA